GGCAGGAAGUAGUACCCACUUCCUGCCGGACGGCGGCGCUGCAGGUCAAACAGGUGAACGCAUUACAGGUGAAGCGGUGGAUCAGUUUCCUCUCAACGACCCGAGACUCUGCCGCCGGUCGAAGUUAUAAACUGCGUGAGGUCAUGUACCCCGUGGACCUUCCAGAUGUGGUCCACACGGACCUGGCGCCUGCGUCCGAACGCUUCCUCUCGGCUCUGGAGUCGAGGCCGCCGGCCGCCGCCGACGGGUGGUUUGAGAUACCGCCGACAGGGAAGGUGGAGAUAAACUCAAACAACGUGAGGCGGCUGCGGCCGUUUGAAGACGACCGGCCCGACUGUGCGGUGGCGGCGCUGCACCCUCCUGACGAUCCGGCACGAGUUGUGGCGCUGCAUCUUCACGAGAGGUGGUGGGGCGUGGACGACGUUCUGCGGACGUCCAGUGAAUCCAGAUGUGGUUUGGUGGCGGUGCAGACGACCACGGAGCGGCUGAUCGUCUUCCUGCUCAGUCGGGUAGUGGACGGGUCUGCCCAGGAGGAGGCGCUGUUCUCCCCGCAUCCCUGCACGGAGCGCUGCAAGCUGCUGUGGAGCGGCGGCCAGGCGGUCGGCUUCUACACCGUCAAACACAAAGGCAGCCUGUGCGACAGCUGGAGCGGCCGCUGCUACCUGCUGCCCGUCCUGGACACGCUGCUGGUGAGGAGGAGACGCAGGAGGAGCGGCUUCGCUCUUCGGAUGCUGGAGGAUUUCUGCUCCUCCUUCGCCGCGGAAGAGUUUCUGGGAAUCAGCGCUCCGUUAUCGCCCGGCAUGGCGGCAGGAAGUUCCUGCAGCGGCACGAGGAACAUCGGGAGCGUCUCUACGAGGUGGACGCCCCGGGGGGCUGGACGCAGCGCCGAAACAUCUGGCUCAACAUCCGGCUCGGCCGCUACUCCCUCAGCACGGACGAUAAAUAAUUCAUCACGUGUUGUUUUUUUUAAAGGAUUUCAUUAUAAUACGACAAAACUAAAAACCUUUUUGGGGAGUAUUGUUUUUUUAUUGCUUAUUCUGUAAAGCACUUUGUGCUUGUCAAACAUUGUUUGUAUGAAUAUAUGCUUCACAAAUAAUUGAUUAAUAAUACAGUUGUCAAAGUGAAAUUUAGUGGGGUAGUACAUGAUGGUGGGAAUUAGAGCUGCAACAGUUAAUCGAUUAGUAAUGGACUGCUAAAUUAAUCGCUAAAUAUUUAAAUAAUCGUUUUUAUGGGGGGGAAAAGUAAAAAAUCUCUGAUUUCAGCUUCUGAAAUGUGAAU